AAAUUUUAUUUAGAGCAUGAUGAACCCAGCCGUUAGCAGGAAGGCGGCACAACAACGUCAGCGGCGCACCUACAGAGUGAGAAGAGAUAUUUUCGCUGAGUACGACGAUGCUGAGUUACUGAAAAGAUUCAGAUUGGACCGUGCUGGUAUUGUUGCAGUGACUGAUAUAGUGAGAGACAAGCUGCAAAGUAAAACUGAAAGAAAUAGAGCCUUGACCCCUGAGAUGGUGGCCAUCACAUUACGAUAUUUAGCCACAGGAAAAAUGCAACAGUGCAGUUGUGAUGAUUUUGGAACAACGCAGCCCACUAUCAGCCGUGCAAUAUCACAGACAAUUGAUGCACUGGCUGACCCAGAAGUAAUCUGCCAGUUCGUGGCUUUCCCUCACACCCAGCGUGAAGUGCAGCAAAAACAGGCAGAGUUCAUGCAAGUAACUCAGUUUCCCGGUGUUGUGGGAGUGAUUGAUGGUACUCAUAUAAGAAUUGUGUCUCCUCAUGUCGAUGAACAUGUAUAUGUGAACAGGAAACGCUAUCACAGCAUAAAUGUGCAAGUAGUAUUUGAUGCUCACUAUAAGAUUCUUGACAUUGUGGCAAGGUGGCCUGGCUCAGUCAACGAUGCAAGAAUACUAGAUAAGUCAGCACUCAAACUGAUGUUUGAGGAACAACAUGUACCUGCAGGAUGCUACCUUCCCGGGGACAGUGGCUAUCCCUGUAAGCAGUGGCUCCUCACUCCUUACCUUCGCCCUCAAACUGUUGCACAAGCUAAUUAUAACAGUUCCAGUACCUUACGAUGCAGCCGAGGGGACUGACGCCACCACCACCACUGCCACCACCGCCACAACAAGGGUUAUUCAAAUGGGGAACAUGCUUCAGGUGUUGCCCCAAGAUGCCUCAGCCCCGCAGCCCCACUUCCCCAUGAUAGUGCAGGCAGGGAAUGUCAUACAGGUUGUUCCAGCUGACAACACGCAGGUAUUAGGGGCAGAAGUCGUUGGAGUUGGUCGGGUCAUGCAAGUGGUCGGAGUCCCAGGCUUUCCCCCGACCCCAGCCCCAGACCCCUGCCCCAGCCACCCCUCUCCCUGUGACCCCUGCCCAGUCAUCCCUCACCCCCUCCUGCCCCCCUGCGGUGCUGCCAGCGGGGGUGAUGGGAGGUGGAGGUGGGCCACACACACCUGGGUUAGCUGUGGCUUGGCUUAUCUCCCUCCUCAGCAGCAAAUCCCGAGGAUCAACGAGGACAUGGUGGACCCAGAGAUUGCAGCAGCAGCGAGAGAGAGAGAGAGAAGCAAGAGAGGAGGGAGAGGAAGGAGAGGAGGAGGAGAGAGAGGGAGGCCAGGAGGGAGGCACGUCAGAGAGAGAGGGAGAGGAAGAGGUUGAUUCUGUUACAACAACAACUGCAACAACAACAACAGUUAGUCAGUGAGGAGGGGGAGGGGCCGUCCUCUGAUGCUGAGGAUGAGGUAUUGUUCAGGGAGGCCAUGUCGGAGGUGCCGGUGGUGGGGUCGCCAGUUCCGGAGUACGAGGUGGAGGAGGAAAAGGAAGAGGAGGACGAGGAGGAGGCACGGAUAAGGAAGAAGAAAAGAUUAUUACCUGUAGCCCUCCCUCCAGCUGAUAAGGGGAUAUUAAGGAGCCCUUCCUACAGGUUCGUUCGAUGCAAGGAGUUGGCACAGGAGGCGUCCGAGGCUGUGUAGAGCGGCCGUCUGAACCUGGUGCCACAGCUUACUAUGUUCAACAGAUGCCUGAAGGAAGUGUGUGUAAGGGAGGAUAAAGAGAUCAUGCUGGCCUAUGCAGACGAUGUCGCUGUCGUGACAGGAAGCCAACAAGAUCUUCAAGAGGCCAUGACAAGAUGGAAUGAUGUUUUAAAUAGGGAAGGAAUGAGAAUGAACAAACAAAAAACUUAUUUACUAGUGGACAAGCAACAAGUGAUGGUGUGGCUCUGAGCCACUGUAGUAGGGAUGUUAUGGUUUAAGUGUAGGAAGUUGCAAAUGCUCACCUAAUAAUUGCACCUUAGUAGAAAAACACAAACAGGAAGUUUAUGCAAGUUUUUAUCCUUAUAUAAAAUGUUGUAUUGCAUCAAACCUCCAUACAUUACUGUCUCUAUCCAGUAUGAGACCGGUGUUCAGGAAGCACAAGCAUGUGCUGAAUAACAAGAAGCCGGGCAUUGGUGAAGGUGACAACAUUUCAUCUAUUUAUACAUACUUUUUAUUAUUAAAGCUUAUCUUAUAAUUAUUUCUGAAGAGAAUUGACUAAUUUUUGUAGUAUUUAUGACUUAGAACUAUGAUAAAGCUAUGAAUUGAUAUAAUUCCUGAUUUGUUUUAUCUUUUCAUUAUCCUUCCUUUGUUAAUUGAGCAUUUUAUAUUACUUAGCUUAAAAAUGCAAGAACGGUUCAGAAGUAUCCAACCUUGGGCUAAGGGCCAAAAUUAUGGUAUCAUUCAAAAUGUCCUUCAAAGAAAGCCCUCUGUAAUCCAACACACUUAGCCCAUUAAUCCUUCCAUUUCUCAUCAAUUUGUUCAACAUUCAUAUUUUUCCCUUAUAGGGUUGAACAAUUUUCAUGGGUUCAGAGCAAAAGGCUUCCUCAUUCCUCCCCAAGGUAUUCUCGGAUGGUAAGCAGGUUUGACUCUGGAGCAAACCUGACCAAGGGCUACUGCCCAAGGCUACAGAGGUUCCUCUCCCUGAGGCUGAAUGCACCAUGUGAGAUGGUUCUGUUAUGUGGAUGAAUGUCAUGGUGGGAUAGCAGUGCCACCACAUUCCUACAAUCAUCCAUCACUCCACUGCUCAAACGCUUCUGCAACCAAUGAUAGGUAUGCUGCCACAUUCUGCAUGGUCUCCUUGGCUCUCAGAUAAGGAUACUGUCAACAGGUUUGGGAUUGCCAAAAAAUCAUAAGGAGCUAUGUCUGAAAAGUCCAGAGAGAGAGAGAGAGAGAAAGAAUGAGCAAGAGAAAGAGUAGGAUGAAGCAAAGGAAGAGUCAAGAGGGAGGAAGAGAGAGUAGGACAAGAAAAAACAGAACAAAUAAAUCCCCUACACGUCUUGUCUCCAUUCACACAAGCCAUGAAAAGCUUGUCCAUCCCUGAGUGCUCAGAAGCAGUGUUCCACUGAUGAUGUGGAAACUUGAGACACCCAAUCAUUUAAUGGGCUUUAGUAGGUUUUGUCACCAGUCUUCUGUGUGUCACUGACUACAUUUUGAAAUUUUUAUCUGUUCUAUUUAAUUUUGUGUGUAUGUACACAAUGUUUAUGGUCAAUAAACUAUUUAUAAAACUAUUUAUCUGUGUGAGUAAGAUAAAAGCAGUUAUUGUUAUUAUUAUUAUUAUUAUUAUUAUUAUUAUUAUUAUUAUUAUUAUUAUUACACAUUUUCCUCCUUGUAUUUAAAUAUUAUUAUUAUUAUUAUUAUUAUUAUUAUUAUUAUUAUCAUGAAUUGUUCUUGUUUAUAAAUAAAAUACUGUAACUGA